UUAACAUUAGGAACUCGUGACCGCUUGUAGUGUAGCCGGGAGUUAUUUUUCAGGAAGUGGAUCCAAUCCUACAGUAAGCAAGCAAUGGCAGUCGCUUCAUUUCGAAAUGUCAUCUCUCUUUUCUUCUUCAUAUGGCUGCAUAUGACCCAUGCUCUUGACAACGGUCUGGCAUUAACUCCAACUAUGGGAUGGCUGCAUUGGGAGCGUUUCAUGUGUAAUACUGAUUGCUCAAGGGAUCCACACAACUGCAUCAGUGAGCAGCUGUACAUGCAGAUGGCAGAUGUGAUGGUCUCUGAAGGCUGGAAGGACGCUGGGUAUGAAUAUGUCUGCAUUGAUGACUGUUGGUUGACACCUACCCGUGAUAUCCAGAACAGACUACAAGCUGAUCCAAAGAGGUUUCCUAGGGGUAUCAAGAAGCUUGCUGACUAUAUUCAUUCUAAAGGCUUGAAGCUAGGCAUCUACCAGGAUGUUGGAAAGAAAACCUGUGCUGGCUAUCCUGGCAGUCGUGGCUUCUAUGAGUUGGAUGCACAGACCUUUGCUGAGUGGGGUGUAGACCUGCUCAAAUUUGAUGGCUGCUACUUUGAAAGCUUACAGCAGCUUGAAGAAGGUUAUAUCAACAUGUCUUUGGCCCUCAAUGCAACAGGAAGAAACAUCUUGUACUCAUGUGAAUGGCCACUUUACAUGUGGCCUUUUCAGCAACCAAACUAUACUCGAAUCCGACAUUACUGCAAUCACUGGCGUAACACGAAUGAUGUUUAUGACUCUUGGAGCAGCAUCAAGAGCAUCAUAGAUUGGACAGCCAGCCAUCAAGAUACCAUUGUUCCUGCAGCAGGACCAGGAGGAUGGAAUGACCCAGACAUGCUGGUAAUUGGUAAUUUUGGACUGAGUCGAGACCAGCAGAUUACCCAGAUGGCACUGUGGGCCAUGAUGGCUGCACCACUGCUAAUGUCUAAUGACCUCCGACAGAUCGAUGAAGAGUCUAAGGCAAUUCUACAAAACAAAGAUGUCAUAGCAAUAAAUCAGGACUCACUAGGCAAGCAGGGUUAUCGUCUUGGCAAGGGCAGCACCUUUGAUGUAUGGGAGCGUCCUCUUUCAGAUGGCAGUUUUGCAAUUGCUGUGGUAAACCGUCAGGAAAUUGGUGGACCUCAGCAUUUUCCCAUCGUGAUGUUUGCACUUGGGAAUGGACAGGCAUGCAACCCGAACUGUGUCAUUACCCAGAUACUUCCCACUCCUACACUCCUUGGUGUACAUGAACUGACAAGCAGCUUAGAACUUAUGGUUAACCCAACAGGGACUGUUCUCUUAAAAGUAGUUGUAGACACAAAGUCUUCAGGACAUGCAGCAAAGAGAAUGCAUACAGAACAGUCUGACAAGUCCAUAAUGAAUAAUCUAUAAUAUCCAAGCACACAAAAGAACUAAAUGAAAUACUACCAAAGUGCUUCCCUACACAAGAAAUGUUUUAAGUUACAAUGCAAGAAAAUCAAAUUCUAAGAAAUUUUAAGUGGUUUCUAAAUAUAUGCCUUGGGAGAUGUGGGAUUGCUUUGACUACCUCCUAUUUUUAAUUCUUAUUCUUUUUACUGGUAUACCCGUUUUGUUUCUUUGUUAGUCAUGAAGAUCUGGAUGCUUGUGCUGGAAAUAUUUUGCACUCCUGAGUGAUGAGAGGGCACACUUCCUUAAUGUCUCCAUUAAAAGGUUCUGUUCAAUUUGGGACCUUCAGAGUACAAGUGUUGAUACUAACUAUUGGACAUAAAAGUCUAGUUUAGAUUCAUUGUCGAUGUAGUGGGUGUUCUAGUAGAGAUUUUAUAUUGCUCAGACGUUGGUGAGCACUAAGAUUUUUUAUGUACCAGAGUGCCAUAACUGGUCUACAGACAUUAACAUUAUACCAUUUAUGUCACUUUUGAAGAGUAAACAGCAAACAUCAAAUGAA